AUUAGAUCUCGACCAGCUUUCGUUUCGCCUAGUUCGUCUAGAAAUGGGACUUUGGGGCGAAAUUAAAUGCGAAAUUAUUCAUACAGCACUAGAUGAGAAUGUCAUUCCUUACGAGGCAGUUUCAUACAGAUGGGGCUCGUCCAUGAAAAGGGAAUCAAUACUUGUGCAAGGACAGAGGCUGAACGUGACUUCAAACCUCUAUCGUAUCCUUCACGACUUGCGGUAUUCGAACGCAGAUCGCUAUCUAUGGAUCGACGCCAUUUGCAUCAACCAAGAAGAUGUAAGUGAGCGAGGACACCAAGUCGUCAGAAUGAGGGACAUAUAUAGUAGGGCCGUACGGGUUAUUUUUUUCGUUGGUCGGUCAACAAUGUAUACGGAUAAUCUUCUAGCUGCCUUAGCGGAACUACAAAGCAAGACAUAUGGUAAUAGCUGGGGCCGUGAAGAUGAGCGAUGGGAUGAAGCUUGGGUCCCUAUCGAAAGUGGGAUGGAGAAGCAGUUCCCCAAUACCCGAAGAUUAUUUCGCCGGGCUCUGAUUUACAUCAUGGAACAAUCAUGGUUCCGCAGAGUGUGGGUUCUUCAAGAAGUCGGCAAUGCUAAAUCCGCCAUCGUGUAUUGCGGCAGAGCAUCCGUUCUAGCACGCGUGUUUGCAGUCGCCCCCCGCUUACUUGGGAUCAAUCUCAAUUCGCACCAUAAAGCCGUCUUUGAACUAAUGCCUGGGCCCUCGAGACAACUAUCUAAAAUUGAUAGAGACUUUUAUUCACUACUCCAAAGAUUUUCUAUGGCGGAAGCACAGGAUGAACGGGAUAAAGUAUAUGCCUUACUAGGAAUGUGUACAUGUGCUGAAGCCGAUAAGCUUAUCCCGAAUUACUCGAAUUCUGUUGAAGAAGUCAUUCGCGACACGAUCUUAUGUAUAUGGCACUACGACAUACGCAACUUGCCCAGAUAUCCCUAUACGAGAAUGGAUCGAUUUCUAGCAGAUUUGAAUAAACUUGAUGGAUUGGUGCUUGCAUGGUUCAUAAAGUCGGGAGAUAUAGACGGCAUACUAUAUCAUAUACAUUACAGAGGACAUCGAAUCAGUAUCACGGGUGAUGCCGUCACAGAUAUACUUGAGAGCGAAUGCCUCCGAGAACAAAUAAUCGAAGCAUUACUGCAGCAACGCAAUAAUCGAUCAGCAAUCGCAAUUGGCGCGAAAAGUCUACUCAACUGGAUAAAGUUAGAAGGAUUUGAUAAUAUGUGUGGUCGGUUUUUCCUGAAUUAUGCUAUAGAUAUUGAUAUGAGAGGCGAUAAUGGUCAAACUCCAUUAUUAGUUGCGACUAAGUAUGGACAAAGCAGCGCCAUCCGACUUUUGAUACGGCGCGGCGCGGAUAUCGAAGCUAGAGACGGCAAUGAAAACACUCCGUUACUAUUAGCUUCAAAACAGGGAUACAUAGAAAUCAUGCAGGUACUACUGAACAGCGGUGCCAAUAUUGGAGCCAAGGACUACGAUGGGAACACACCAUUGUUAUUAGCGUCAAUGCACGGAGACGUUGAAAUCAUCCGAUUACUCCUGAGUUGCGGAGCAAAAUUCGAAGCCGACGAUAACAAUAAGAGUACACGGCGAUUAUACAACUUGCUACAAAGAAACAGCGAAACCUCCUUGAUAGGAUUGAGCUGUGGUGCAUAUGUGGGGAUAGGGGGUACUUAUGGGAGGGCACCCCUGAUAUCGGCCAUAAAGCAGGGAUGUAUCGAAGCCAUCAAAUUACUCUUAAGGCACUGCCCAAAUACUAGGACGAUGAUUAUGACCAAGGACAUCUAUGGAAAGACGCCACUAUUAUUGGCAGCGGAAGUUGGAGCCCUAGAGAUCGUCCGGUUGCUUAUCAACUAUGGUUCAGACAUCGAGGCAAAAGACCAGUCUGGGAUAACACCUCUAGGACUGGCGGUAUCCCAUGGACACACCGCGAAAGUUCGACUUCUUCUAGAUGAGGGGGCUGAUAUAGACGCCAAAGAUAGCUACGACCGCACGCCAUUUUUAUUAGCCGUGAAACGCGGCCUCCCUUCUGUGACUGCCAUGUUCCUAGAGAGAUAUAGCGAUAUUGAAGCUAAAGAGAGAUGCGACGAAGCGGAGAAGGAGAUCAAGGGUAUCGAAACCCGAUUUUCUCAAAAUGACUGGCCUUGGUAUCGUACAUACCUCAUGAGGCCGUCUGUAUACUAUUGACAGGCCCAAGUAGAAUGGUUUCUUGCCGGCUCAUCAGUCAAUAUCGAAAUAAAGCGUAAAAAUAUCACGGCUUCAUGCCCACCUGGGCAUAUACACCUAGCUGUUAGCCUUUGUGGGUGGUUCUACUUCAUCAUCUAUAGUAAUUAAUGCCUUCCGAGCUUUAAUACUCGGCUAGGACUGUCAUCGUCGUGCAUGGUCCAACUACAAGACGUCUCCUUUAUGUCCCUCUCUAUACCAGACCUCUUGACCCAUUAUGCUCUCCUUUAUUAUCCGAGACCCCUGAUAGAUAGCAUGGGCACCUCAAUGAAAGUUGGUAUCAUGUCCUCGGGGGCUACGCCGAAGCCCGAGAGAUUGGUGGAAAUGUUGUCGUCGCUCCUGUUCGUGGGGCUUCUGAGGCAUAACUGCUGCAUAGUGGAUGUCAUAAUCCCCCUCCCUCACAACAGCGAGAGAAAUUCAGGAUAUGGUUGCAUCGCUUGUCGUGAGCCAAUUCAAGGUUGGAUUUGGACGUUUCAAUGAUGCUGCCUAAUACAACCUCAGCUCGCCGUCGAAUGCCCAAUU